AUGGGUUUCGGUGUGCACGUCCUUGACGCUGUGGAGCAGCACACGCACACGGUCAUCCUUCUCCACGGCCGCGGCAGCAACGCGGAGGAGUUUGUGGAAGACCUCCAAGGUAUGACCACGUCCAGCGGGCAAUCGCUGUUUGCCCACUUCCCAGGCGUUCGCUGGGUGUUCCCAAGCGCGCAAACUCUCUGGUCCAGCCAGUUCUUGGAGGCGAUGAGCACCUGGUUUGAUGCGCCGUCGCUGACGGACAUGAGCAAGAACAAGCACCUCCAGGUCCCCGGAUUGAAGAGCUCGGUGGAGUUCGUGCGUGGGGUGAUCCAAGACGAGGUCGCGCGUCUCGGUGGUGACGCCGCCAAGGUGGUGCUGGGCGGUAUCAGCCAGGGACAAGCCACGGCGCUGCACGUCCUGCUGGGCGGAAGCCACAAGCUCGGAGGAUUCGUGGGUGCUAGCGGAUGGCUUCCUUUCGCGGACGAAGUGGAAGGACUCGGCUCUCUCGCCGAGCUCUCUUCCCAUUUUCGUGGAAAGCUUGGCUUGGAAUUGGACGAAGAGAUUCAAGGUGGCGGGGUUGAGGAGACGCCGGUUUUCCUGGGACAUGGCACCGACGAUGAGAUGGUGGACGUGAAGUUUGGGAGGCAAGCGCGUGACGUGCUCAAGGCUGCGAAGGUGAAGAACUUGACGUGGAAGGAGUACGUGGGUGCCGAGCUUGACGGGCACUGGUUCAAGGAGCCGGAAGAAAUGGACGACAUUGUGGCGUUCCUCAAGGACUGCUUUGUUGAUUCCUUGGGUAGUGAUCUCAAACAAGUGAAGCUAUAGUUCCAUUUGAGUGGUGAUCCGAUCAGGUAAAGCUAUAUUUCCAUGAUCCAAACAAGCGACGGUAUAGUUCUCAAAAUAAGUGAAGCUAUAAUUCCAUUU